AUGACUUCUAAUAAAAAAGCUGUUCUUGUUGAAUUGAAUCCAGACCCUACUCUUAUUGAUAGGGAAUUCGAAAGUUAUAGAUUAGCUUUUUCUAACUAUAAAAUUUCAUAUACAUCAUUACCAAAUUCAAUUCUUAAUUGCCAAAGAAAUUCUCAAUUGUAUUCUUUUCUUCAUCUACGUUUAUAUGCAGAUCAAAAUAAUAUAUUCUUAGAUACAUUUGCUCCAUGCAUAAAAAUAUAUACUGUUUUAACUGAUGGUUCAAUAUAUUCACUGGAGUAUGAUGAAGAUACAUCAAAAUUUAUUAAUUGCCGACGUGUCUUUGAACAUUUUUUGAAAGAAGACAAUGAAGGAUGGGAGAUACCAAAAGAUGAUAAUGAAGAUUACUACAGGAAACAUCAGGAGUUAGAUAAUUAUCCAUUUUCAUUGUUUGUUGUAUCAGAGGAGUAUGUUGUGGCUAGUAAUGGAAAGACUGACAUUUUUGUUUUUAAAAAAGAUGAAUGUAAAUGGGAUGUUGUGUAUCAUGAAGCGCUUUCAAGGAAUCUGAUAAUAGUUGAUUCUAGAAUGGAUGGAAGUAAUAAUUUGCAUCUUUUAACAAAAACAAUCAUUGAGAAAAGUGAAUGCCCAUAUACAUUUGAGGGAAUGUCUGCUCAUUUAUGUUCCUUAAAAUGGAUUAAAUUAACAAUGGAAGAUGAAUCAUGGAUCAAGAGUGGUGAGAAAGUAAUUUAUGCUCCUGGAAAUGUUGAAUUGUGCACAUUUGACUAUGACUUUGAAUCUGUUAUUAUUCAAUCUACCAUGGAACCAUUUAUAAAAUAUGUUGAAAAUAAAUAUACGGAACAAAUGGAGUACCUGGAUGGAAAAGAAAUUUAUACUUGGAAACAGGAUAAAUCUAAAAUUUUUAUGGAAUUUUCAUUACCUGUUUCAUUGAAUAAUGAUGAUGUAGUUGUUAAUUUUACGAAAAAUUCUAUAAAUGUUUUAGUAAAAGGAGAAAAUAUUUUUAAUGAGACAUUGGAAAAUGACAUUGUACAAUCUUCUGUUACCCAUAGAGUAAGUGACACUACAGUUUACAUUGAAUUUAAUAAAGUAGUGGAGGAAGAUUGGUCUGAGCUAAUAGAAAAAUCUAAAUCAGACAAUGAUACUACUACACCAUUGGUAAAUGUCACUGAAGACCUUAACUCAUUCAAUCUAGACAAUAAUGCAAUUUUUACAAAACGUGAAGAAUGUGAUGAUGAACGUUUAGAGAAUACUUUUAUUUAUUGGGUUGAUUAUGAAAGCGAAGAAAUAAAAUAUCAGUCAUCACUUAUAACUGAUAUGCCAUUAUUUUCACAGAAAUUUUCACCCUCAACUCCAACUUCAAUAUGUCUUAGAGAAGAUGUUGAUGGAAUUAUUUGGAGCUUUCCAGGUAAAAAAACUGGUAAAUCAAUCUUUCAUAAAUCAACUUUUAAUGCUUUAGGAUAUAUACAGGCUUCAAAAUCAAGACGUAAAUAUACAAUUUCAUCACCAUUGUGUAGCUAUGUUGCUAUUGUAGAGGCUUUGAAAAAUAUACACGUAUACUGGCGUAGCGAACAAUUAUCAGGUGAAGGUCUAGUAAAUCGUAAAAGUGGUCAACGUAUAAGUAAAAUUGCGAAACAAAAUGUUAUAUGCCUUACGAAGGAAUCAUACAAUGAGUAUGAUAGCAAAACUGUCGUUACUGAUGACAUUUUUGGAUGUAUUUGCUUGGAAAAAUUUAUUAUUAUUGCUCUAAAGAAUGAAUUAGCUGUUGUUGUAUUAUAA